AUGGAGACCGAAAAGUACUUGCCGGAGCUUAUGGCAGAGAAGGACACGCUGGAUCCGUCUUUUCAGCACUCCAUGCGGCUACUGGAUCAAGAGAUCGAAAAAAUCCAGAAAGACGAGGACAAGGAAGAGGAGAAGUUCAUCGAUGUCGUCAUCAACAAGAACAUGAAACUGGGCCAGAAAGUUUUAAUACCAGUCAAGCAGUUUCCUAAAUUUAACUUUGUCGGAAAACUCCUCGGGCCACGCGGGAACUCGUUAAAGAGACUACAGGAGGACACGCUCACAAAGAUGUCAAUUCUCGGAAAAGGAUCCAUGAGAGACAAAGAAAAGGAAGAAGAGCUACGACAGAGCGGCGAGGCCAAAUAUCACCACCUGAACGAAGACCUGCACGUCCUCAUCGAGGUGUUCGCCCCGCCGGCUGAGGCCUACGCCAGGAUGGGUCACGCUCUGGAGGAGAUCAAGAAGUUUCUGAUACCAGAUUACAAUGAUGAGAUCAGACAGGCUCAGCUGCAAGAGCUCACGUACCUGAAUGGCGGCUCAGAAGAUGCCAAGGUGCCAUCAGUGAGGGGCAAGUCAGCCGUCCGUGGAAGAGGGACACCUGUUCCAGGUCCUCCCAGGAGUCGAGGAGGAGUCCCUCCCCUGCAUGCAGCGGUACCCAGAGGAGCAGCACCCAGAGGAGCCCCACCUAGCCGCGUCCCAUCUUCCAGAGGGAGGGGGGUGCAGAGAGCCAGAGGCGCCCCUCCGACCGCCGGAUACCGGCCGGCACCUCCCAUAGUCCAGGAAACAUACGGCGAAUAUGAAUAUGAUGACGGCUACGGAACAGCUUAUGAUGACCAAGGAUAUGAGUCGUAUGACAACAACUACAGUAAUCAAGGACAAAACUCAGAUGACUACUAUGAAUAUGGACAAAGUGGGGAAUCAUAUGAUUCGUAUGGUCAGGAAGAGUGGGCAAACAACCGCGGCAAGGCACCGCCAGCACGAUCAGCCAAGGGAGUGUACAGAGAGCAGCCAUACACCAGAUAUUGA